AUGAUGGGCGGUGAAGUGAUCAUCGAGAAGAACCCGGAGAGCAAAUUCUGCGUGGCGAGCAAGGAGCCUUUGUGUGACAGCGUCAUAUGGGACCUGCUACAGAACUACUACCGGAGGGCGGCCAUCAAUGCGUGGAAGGAAAAUGUUGUACCUUCCUUUGUGACGAGUAACAGCAAAAUCGCCAAGGACUACGCAAGGGUGAUAGUUAAUUACAUGAAGGACUGGUUCAACAGUAGCGAGUGUGAUAGGAAUGUACCCAUAUACAUAUUAGAAAUAGGAGCAGGUCAUGGAAAAUUUACGUACCUCAUUUUAAGGGCAUUAAGCAAAUAUCAGAAAUAUUUCAAAAGCAUGAACCUUCCGGACAGGCCAUUUGUGUAUGUAUUUACAGACAUCGCAAAGGACAACAUUACGUACUGCAUGAACAAUGGGAGAUUGAAGCGGUUUAUCAACACGAGGGACAGUUGUGACAGAACAUUCACAAGUAAGAACAACUCUUACUAUGAUUCGGAGUUUGAAAAAAAUGAAGAAAUAAAUUACGAUUCGUCGACAAAUACAUCGAGCUACUCCUCAUCGUAUGAUGAUACGGAUUAUUCAGACGAAAGGGUAAGAAAUUAUGCCAACUUUUCUAUGCUCGAUUUUGCCUACUUUGAUGGAAAUGAAACGGAGGAGAAAAUUUUUCUACAGGUUUCUAAAAGUUACAUUCCUGAAAAUACCCCCAUAGUGCUAAUUUGCAAUUACGUGUUGGAUUCGCUUCUCACCGAUGCGUGGAUUGUUAAUGGAGAGGAUGACUUCAGGAGGGCGUUGCUUUCUGUGUACUCCCCCAAUGUAGAGGAAGACAAGACCAAUGCAGAUAUUAUGUUACGCAUGUCGGUCACGUGGGAUUGGGAAAAAGUCAAUAUCGAUGAAGAAAUUAAGAAGGAAAAAACGGACAAGCCGUCGGAUUAUUUAAGAAAAUAUAAAGAAAUUUACACUGUUCUGAAAUUGUACUCCUAUUUCAAUCAACCAUUGUCUUUUGUCCUUCCAGUGGGAGCAUUCAUCCUAUUUGACAGGAUACUAAAGUUGAGUGGAAACAAAUUACUAUGCCUUAUUGGUGAUAAGGGUUAUCAAUCGUAUGAAGAAUUUAAGGGACAUAGAGAUCCACAUAUUGUAGUGCAUGGCAGUUUGUCCUUUAUGGUGAACUUGAACGCCAUUUGUCUGUACUUCUUAUCCAGGGGUGGCCAUUACAUACAUACCCCCUACUCGGACACAUUUCAGAUCGUCACGCUUUUGAUGCAUAAGAACCAUUAUGAGGGGGGUGACUACGAAUCGGAGGUGGAAGAAGGAGUCUUCCUAUCUGGCAGAAAUAGCCUCGGCGAUGAAUCCAACAUGACCUACUCCACAUUAACUGACCGCCUGAGAAUGGAUAAGCGAGGGGGAAAUAAUCAGUUUAAUAUUAUUGACUAUUUUAAGAAGAGCUCUAAGGAUGGGCAUUUGAAGAGGAGGUACCAGAACCAACUUAGUACGGCGUCGUCCGUCUGUAGGUUGAAGGGAACAACGGGAUUGGGCAGAACGGAUUUAAGCAGCCGCCUAUCGGGCCGCUUCCCCCCUAACGACCAAAGUGUGUACAAAAAGAUGAAAAAAAUAAACUUAAAAAAUUUAAAUAGCAUGUCAAUAAAAUUCGGGGGAACCAUCUCAUCCUUCUUCGACAACAUGGAGCAGUUUCCACCCGACGUCCUAAUAAACUGGCAAAAAGCAGUCAUACACAAUAUCAACAAUAAUCCCGCUAAUGUGAGCAUAAAAGAGUUGAUCUCCCUAUUGAGGUAUUCGAAUCACGAUUCGGACGUUUUUUACAACAUAAGAAAUGUGUUCACCAGUUUGAUCAACUAUCCGAACAUCAAUGGAAGGACAGAGAAGGACAUCCUCCUGGAUAUAAAAGAAUGCUAUGAUAAUUAUUACUCCUUGAAGACCGAUGAAGAUAUUGCCGAUGUGUGUGGUCAUGUGUGUAUGAAAUUUGGUGAAUUUGAGAAGGCCAUAUAUUAUAUGAAACAGAGUCUGCGCAAUUUUAAGCAGAGUAGACACUCCUCCACCUACAUUAACAUUGCGUCAUGUUAUAAGGUUCUCCGGAAUUAUCACAAAUCGAUUAAAUUUAUUAGGUGCGCUAUUAAGUUGUCUAACAGGGAGGCUCGAAGGGGGAUUCCUUCCGGGGAGGCAGGGGAAACGGGACACCACCCACAGGGAGGACGCACCCCGAACAACCUGAAUCACGCACACGACCUCCUGUACAACAUCCAAUUUUGCCUGAACCCAAUUACCUACGCCAUCGUGGGGGUCAAUCACUUCGUGCAGAAUGACGGCCUGUACUACCUCUCCUUCGAAAAUCGAAUAAAACUCAAGUUCAUUUUUUUGCUCGCCAAGGAGGAGGAAGCAGUUCUACACUUUAUGAACAGCAAGUACAAAAGUGCAUCCUAUGAGAAAAGCACCCGCAACAUGGACCUCUCCGAGGUUAAGGUCGUCAGGGUUUACCGGGCGAAUGAGGUGAUCUCCAUGGAGGAGGUGGACACCAUCCGAUUGAAUGGUGAAGAAAAAGCAGACGUAACGCUCCCUGGGGAUAACCAACCGGAGGAGCAAAACCGAUCCUACCAGAAUGUAGCCCAUUUGAAGGUAAACCUGCGUGACUGCCUAUCCAAGUACAACUUCCAGUUCUGUGUUAUUGACGCCCCGUGGGCAAUAAAGGCAGACGUGACAGAAUUGAUGGUGGACCAUUCGAAGCACCUCUUCACCUAUGGUACUUUGUCUGACUGUAGUAAGCGCUCCAUGGAGGUGAUUUCAAAGUAUAAACAAGUUUCUGAAAAAGUCAGUUGGGUAAACAACAACUACGUCCAUGAUGAAAGUCUGUACGAAGCGAGAGAUGCAUUGAACCAUAUAAGGAACGUCAUAUCCGUAACGGUUACUCAUUACAGUAUGAAUUUGUACAACCAGCAAAAUAGCUCCAUCCCCAGUGCGAACAUUUUGACGGAAGAUCUGUGCAUUAUUUUGAAUGCCCUGCAGGUUAUCUUGAACCUGAACGUGACGGGAUUGACGGCCAACUUUUUGAGGCGCAAGGGAGGGGAAGCGUCGACAAAAGGGGUGACGAAGCAGACGAAUGGUGAACAUGUUCUGGAAGAUGCCCCUUCGGACAUACCCGGGGAAAGGAAAGAUAAUACCCACCUAAACACAGACUACGUCUCCCUCUCAGGAAUACUAACCUUCCAACACCAUAAGACAUUGCCAGAUGAAAUGAACGUACACGGAAACUACCUCCUAAUGAAUAACCGAAAUGAAGAAUUCUUAACAAAAAUUACUUUCGUUGGGGUUCACGGUUCCUUGUGCUUAAAAAAAACGCUAUCCAAUUGGUCAGUGCAAGUUUUUAACCUGAACAAUGCCAAAGUGUAUGAAAAGUCGGGUCGCAUUUCAGCUAGCCAAAAUUCAAACGAUGUGUUCAUUAGUCAGUAUUUGAUAAAAACGGAUGGGAAGGACAACCAGGUGAAGCAUUUUAACGAGUACGACUUGAAGGGUUCCUGCAAGGGUUCCAGUGAAUCCAUCGACUCAGAUAUUGACAUUUUAGAAUUUUCUUCCGACGAGGAAUGGGAAUCAUCCAACCUAAAGGGGUCUUCCCAAGAGGAAUCUUCUCUUGGCGCCAUGACCGAUGUUGUGAAGAAAGAAUGCUCCGAUGAGGUGGAGUCUUCGGAAGAGCACUACACAGAAGUGAACUUAAACACCAACGACGAUGAGCUAUUCCUUGAUAAAAAUAUGGACGUUCUGAAAUGUUUGCCAGGACGGAGGUUCCAUUCUUGUGGAAAGGACGUAUACGAAAAUGUAAACUUGGACGAGUCCCUCAUUGACGUCACGGUUAACAACAACUGCUUUUACUCGAGGAUCGUUGAGGGGGUACAAAUGUCCCACAAGAAGGGGGGUGCGAUGGUUCACUUUAAGUACAAGGCGGCGUGA